CGCCGCCCGCCACCUACUCUCCUCCUCCGCCGUCACCCCGGCCGCCCUGCCGGGCCCCGAACUCGCCCGCGCCUGGGCGCGCGGUCCCUCGGCCCGCGGGGCUGGAGGCGCGGUUGGGACAGGACCGAUGUGGCGCAUGCGUGGUGGCGCCACUAGGCGCGGGAGUUGCAGCGGCGGGGACGGGGCUGGGGACAGCCGAGGGCCAGGCCGCCCGGGCAGGGCUCCCGGGGGUGGGAGCGGCAGCGGCGGCGUGGGCUGGCGAGGCCGCGCGGACGGCGCCCGACAGCAGCUGGAGGAGCGGUUUGCCGACCUGGCGGCGAGCCAUUUGGAGGCCAUCCGUGCGCGGGACGAGUGGGACCGGCAGAACGCGCGGCUGCGCGAGGAGAACACCCGGCUGCGGCUCGAGAACCGGCGGCUGAAACGCGAGAACCGCAGCCUCUUCCGUCAGGCGUUGCGGCUCCCGGGUGAAGGCGGCGACGGGACGCCCGCGGAGGCGCUCCCGGUCCCUGAAGAGGCCGGUACCAAGCGGAGGGCUAGAGACGGCGGCCGUGAGGACGAGCCGGGCAGCCCCAGGGCCCUGAGGGCCCGACUUGAGAAGCUGGAGGCCAUGUACCGCCGGGCCCUGCUGCAGCUGCACCUCGAGCAGCGGGGGCCGCGUCCGCAUGAGGACGAGGAGGAGCAGCCUCUGCGGGAAGCCGACUCCGGCCUCCGCUCCCUGGACUCGGAGCGCUCCGGGCCCUGCCUGUAGCCGAGGCCGCAGCCGGAGCGGGGCGGGGCCUCCCGCAGGCCCCUCCUCCUUAGUGCCCAGCUCCCCCCGUCCCGCGCACGCCCGGGCCCGCGCCCUGCCCGCGGACACCGGCGGCGGUGCCCUCCCACCCGGCCAGCGGACGCUUCCGGGUGGGUGUGGCGCUUAGCCAUUGCUGGGCGGAGGCCGAGUGGGUGCAAGGACCCUGGGGACUUCCCGUUUGUGCUCGUCCCUUGCCUCCUGUCCCGGCGAGUUUCCCUGGAGAGAGGCCUAGCCAACAACAGAGGGACGGGUUUUAAAACUGCAAGAACUGGGUGCCAAGAAACACUUCCUACUCCCUGAACUUUUCUAGGUGUUAGGGGAGCCUGUUUUUUUUUUUUUUUUUUUUUUUUUUUUCUCCUCUGUUUUGGUUCUGAAAGAUGAGUAAUGAGCUUUUAGUUGGUUGAGUCUGUCCAUUCUUCAGUCCCUUAAAUCCAGUUAUUCUCUCUUAUGUGGCCAACAUUUAAGUUUGUUUUUAUAAGUUGGUGUUACUUGGAUGUCUUAUAAAAUACCCCAUUUUUAUAAAGAUGAUAUUUAUGACUUAAGAAUUCAUGCCUGCCCUGGCUGCAGUCCCCUUACAUCUAAUAUAUACUGAUUUAUUUGCCCCCAGAGCCUUUUUAAAAUAUCUGCCUAUAUCGUGAUCUUUUGAAAAGGUAAAUAAAUCUGUUGCAUUAAAAAUCAUCUGAAAGGUUCCAACGAGUAUUAUUUGAAGGGUUAAAAUUUUACAUUUUUUAAAACAGAUACCUGUAUGAAUAUAAUAAUUUAAAUCUGGCUUUGGUUAUCCUUUGUAAACAUCAUGUUCUUUUCACUUUAUUUAACAGUGAUCUUUUAAAAUAAUCUAAGGAUUACAUACUAUAAACAUUAUUUUAAUCUUAAUUAGUUUAAUUAGUAAGUAGAUAAUUUACUUUAUUUUGACUAAGGACUUUUAAGAAAUUAUAAAUUGUAUAUCAAAAACUCCCCAAAGUGAUUUAAAUUAAGUCUCAAUUGUUACUUCAAUGGCACAAAAAAGUGAGUUUUAGCUAUAAAUGUCCUAAAAUUACUUUUAUUGCACUUCAUUAAUGAAUAACACUUUUGCCAACUAAAUAAGAAGAAUACCAUUGUGCCUGAUAAAAAAAAAAUCAUGGGUCUUAGAGUGUUUCAAUGACGGAGAACGUUUCAGGGGAAAAAAUCAUGAAUAGAAUUGUCAGGGGAUUAAAAUAUAUUAUGGCAUAGUCCAAAAUUUUUAAAUAUAUAUUACAAAA